AUGAUCGCUCAAUACGUGGGCCGGAGCCAGAAGACGUGGGAUGAGCACAUCACCGCCCUCCAAUACGCCUUCAAUACGGCCUGGAGCGAGGCCACGGGACACACUCCUGCCUACCUCAACCAUGGCAGAGAGCUCGCUCGACCUCAUCCGGAGGACCGACAACACCUGGCAAACCCACUGACCCCCGAGACAACGCACCGACGGUUGCAAGAGGCCUACGACCUCGUAAGGGUGAACUUGGCACGGGCCUUCCAACGCCAAGAACGACAUUACAACCUGCGUCGUCGGGAAUGGAAGCCCAAGGUCGGGGACUUGGUAUGGAAGAGAAACCACGUCCUGUCCGACAAGGCUAAGGCGUUCAACGCCAAGCUGGCCCCAAAAUUUGUGGGACCCUUGGAAGUCCGGAGGAUAAUCUCGCCGGUCGUCGUCGACCUACGGGACACCCGCGGACGCUGGCACCGCCAGGUCCACGUACAGGACCUGAAGGCGCACCCGGCCCCAAUGCGCCAGGGAAACACCGACUAG